AAGUAACCCACUAAAGAAAGAAAAAAACAGAACUACGUCGCUGACCCUGUAAGGGGAGUCUUUAUCACAUCAAUGGCGACGCCUAACAAUAAGAAGUUCGCUUGGUUGAUAACGAAUUUCUCCUUUUUGCCAUCUGACAAGCUUUAUUCUGCUCCGGUCCUCAUCAGUGACUUCAAUUGGCGUCUUCAUACCUAUCCCAAGGGAUAUAAGGGCGGUGAUUCGUUGAUUCUGUCACUUGCUGUUGCUGAUGGUCAAUCACUGCCUUCUGAAUGGAGAAGAUACGUAAAAUUUAGCCUAACUGUAGUAAAUCAAAUAUCUGAUGAACUCUCCAUACACAAAGAAACAAAGCUCUGGUUUGAUCAGAAAUCUCCCGGGUGGGGUUUAACCGAAGUGCUUCCCCUUGCCAAGCUUCAUGACAAAGAUGGUGGAUUCCUGGUCAACGAUGAACUAAAGAUUGUUGCUGAAAUAGAGGCUCUUGAAGUGGAAUCUGUGAGACGGAUAUUUGAGAAACAGCCAGACAUUGCAGUAGAUUUGCGUGCAAAGAACAAAAAUCUGAGGACAGCAUGCAUGAACUUCUUGUUCAGUCUUAUCGAGACGCUGCACCAAUCACAUGAGGAGCUCUCCAAUGAAGAUCUGAUGGAAGCAUACAAUGCACUUGCAUACUUAAAAAAUGCAGUAGUUUCAUUGCGAGUAACAUUCACCAUCACAUCAAUGGAGAAGCAAGUCGAAAAUAGCUUCGUCUGGGUGAUAAAGAAUCCCACCUCUUUGUCAUCGACGACCUGUAAUUCUGAUCCAUUUCUGAUUGCUGGAUGUAAAUGGCAACUUGCUGCCUUAUCGAAGGGAAACAGCCUGGAGUUCUUCUAUCAGUACCGGGGUGUAACGGAUCAUCAAUCAUUGCCGUCUAAAUGGAGAAGACAUGUGAAACUUCGCUUAAACAUAGUAAAUCGACAAUCUGAGAAACUCUCCAUAGUGACAGAUUCGGAGUUCUACUUGAAUGAGACGUCUCUCAUGCGUCGUUAUCCAACCGUACUACCUCCUUCCAAAAUUCUUGCAAAAGAUGGCGGAUUUUUGGUAAAUGGACAACUGAUGAUUGUUGUUGAGGUCGUUGCUCAUGAAGUUGUUGGCACGUUAGGUGAAUUACAGGAUUCUGUACUUUUGAGCAGAAUAGAGGAAAACCAUGGCGCCAAGUCUAAUGAUCUACUCAACAAGACUCGACAAGUGAACGAAAGCGUUGGCGUCAAUGGGUUCCAAGUUCUUCCUUCACAGGUAGAAUCUGUGAGGCGUAUAUUUGAAAAAUACCCAGACUUGGCAUCCCAAUUCCGUUGUAAGAAUCAGCAUCUGAAGUCAACAUACAUGAAUGUCCUCCUUGGACUAAUCGAAACACUGUGCCAGUCGCCUCAAGGGCUCUCCGAUGAGGAUCUGGAUGAAGCAUCCUCUGCAGUGUCGUACGUGACAAAAGGAGGCUUUAAAGUGGAUUGGUUGGAGAAAAAGCUGGAGGAAGUAAAGGAAAAGAAGAAGAAAUUGGACACCGGUAAGGCUAGGCUUCAACAAAUGGAGAAAGAGUUUCAGAAGCUUAAUCGGAGAUGCUUACUCCUGAAAACUCUUAUGGAGAAGGAGAAUGCAGAUAUGUCGGCUGCCAUUGUUGCUCUCUCAUUCGAUGAUGUUCUCAGAAGCUAGAAGUUUGAUGUAGGGUGUUUGAUUUGUUGGCACUGUAUUCAAGUUUAUUGCCAAGCAUAGCAUUUUGAAGUAGGUUAUAAUGGAGUACAUUGGUUUUCGGUGAACAAAUGGUGUAAGCAUUGAUUCUCUCUGUUUUAGCUUCUUCAUGCACUUGCCUUUUGAUACUGCAUUAUAGUACAUGUUUUUAAGAAAGGAGGGAUUGAUUCAAUAUACAGUAGAAUUUUUAUAAAUUAAUAUUCGAUAAAUUAAUAAUCACUGUAAAUU